AUGCAAAAAAUACACAGCGGGAAAGAGAGAGAAAGAGAGGAAGUUAGGGUUUUGCAAUUGAUCAGAGCCACCGCCGGAGAGAGGAAGUGAGAGAGAGAGACGAUGAGUAGAAGCUUGGGGAUACCGGUAAAGCUGUUACACGAGGCCUCCGGCCACGUCGUGACGGUGGAGCUAAAGAGUGGAGAGCUCUACAGAGGAAGCAUGGUCGAGUGCGAAGAUAACUGGAAUUGCCAGCUCGAGAGCAUUACCUACACUGCUAAGGAUGGGAGGGUGUCACAACUUGAGCAUGUUUUCAUCCGAGGCAGUAAAGUCAGGUUCAUGGUCAUACCAGAUAUGCUAAAGAACGCUCCCAUGUUCAAGCGUUUGGAUGCCAGAAUUAAGGGUAAGAGCUCCUCUCUUGGAGUUGGCAGAGGUAGGGCUGUUGCAAUGCGAGCCAAAGCUCAAGCUGCUGGCCGUGGAGCUACAGCAGGUAGAGGUGCUGUACCAUCUGUUCGCAGGUAACCUCCACACUCAAAGCAGUUCUUCAACCCCAACAUCAGCAGCAAUUAUGUUUGUAGACCCACCUGCGACAUACCUGAGUUUAUGGGUCCCUGCUGUUACCGUGAUAGUUGAUGUAAAAGGAUUACCUGUGUUUGUCUAGGGUUCGAAUUGGAAAGCUAAACUCAUGUUACAUGAACCAAAGACACUUGCUUUAUAUAAGCCUCUAUUGAAAUACAAUUGCUUCAGUUGGUUUAUUUGUUCAGCCGUGCUAAUAUUUUUAUGACAAUCCUGAUGAAGCAUGUUUAA